AUGUCAAGCCAAUUUUCUACCGGCAACAGGGUUCUACCUCAAACGCAUACCGCGCAUGCUCUUCUUGGAAUCCCAAGCAUCGAUCCGCUAGGCUUGGGUAUAACCUGGCGCAAUAAGCUACAUCCUUUGAAGCUACUGUCCCUUGUUGACAAUGAGGUCCCGUUGCCAGGCAUUUUCCCGGCGUCUGGGUAUGUUAAGAUGGUUGCUGAGGCAUCUCUGAAGUUUUCUGGAUCGAAAAUUCUUCGAAAAUUCGAACUUGACGAUUUUUUUAUUGAGAAUGAGAUGGACUUGAAAGAACAAGACACUGUUAUUGAGAUGACCCUUGAACUUCAGUCGACCGGCAGCCAUGAGAGAAAUGGAGACCGGACAGACUUCUUCAAUUUCCGAAUAAGAACAACAUAUUCUAACAGAACCCAAUUAAAUGUUCUAGGCUGUAUACAACAUAUUCUCGAGCAACAUCUUCGAUCAGCUCUGGCCAAGACAUCGAGCUCGAAUCGCAUAAUUCCACCCCUCAUUGAACAAUACGUACAAUCGUCUCCCCAACAAAAAAUUGUCAAAACUCUUCCAAUGUCUUUUGGACAGUCAGGCUUUUGGUUUAUGAGUCAGCUUGUCGGAGAUCCAACUUUUUUCAACGGAACAGUUUCAUUCUUGAUCACAGCAAAUAUUGAUAUUGAACUGCUAUCACGGCUCGUACGCAAGAUGGCAAGUCGGCAUGAAGGUCUACGGACGGCGUUCUUCGCUGACAGCUCCCAUCAACCAAAACAAGGAAUUUUGGCCGAGUCUCCAUUAUACUUGGAAACAAAGAAUGGGUCUCAAAAGCAAUUGCGCACAGAAAUCGAUGCUAUGAACAAUCAUGUUUAUGACAUUACUCGAGGUGAAACUUUACGACUUAUGCUCCUAACGGAAUCAUCGGCCCGACAUCAUUUAAUCGUGGGAUACCAUCACAUAAAUAUCGAUGGGAUGAGCGUUAUAGCCAUCACUGAGGAACUAAGGCUAGCCUAUGAAGGAAUAAAGCUACCGCCGCCUUUCCAGCAAAAUGAAUUCGCAAAAAGACAACAUGAGCGCCUUCGUACAGGAAAGUAUGCAGAUGAUAUCUCAUUUUGGAAGAAUGAGUUUCAAGAUCUUCCAGAAAUUUUCCCCAUUCUUCCGCUCUCUCCGAAUACGCUCCGAUCUCGCCCAACAGCUAGAACAACGUACCGCCAUGUUAGAGCAGAAAGGCGGCUGAAUCCUGCCAUUACAGCUAAGCUUCAAGGUCUUCGAAAACAGGGAUAUAUCCAAUCUCCUUUCAUUUUCUAUGUGACCGUCUUUCAGAUUCUGCUAAGUCGGCUAGCCCAAUCGGAAGAUAUCUGUAUCGGCGUGGCAAGUGCAAACAGGCAUAACGAUCCAGGUUGUGAAGACAGUAUUGGCAUAUUCUUGAAUCUAUUUCCGCUUCGGCUGCGAUCGCAAAUGUCAGAGUCAUUUCUGACGUUGCUGGAAGAAAGUAAGAAUAAAAUAUUUGCCGCUUUGAAUCACUCAGCGGUGCCAUUUGACGUCAUCUUGAAUGAAGUUGAGGCUACUCGACACCCUUCAUACAGUCCUCUGUUCCAAGCUUUCAUCAACUAUAUUCCGACAAGAGAGUCAAGAUCCUUCAGAGAUGGUACGAUAGAGAACAAUGAGUAUGAGAUAGGGGAAACUCUGUACGAUAUCAUGCUGGCUGUCAUUGACCCGCCCAGUGGUGAUCCUUGGAUAGCAUUUAUGGUCCAGAAAGAGUUUUAUACUGAACGCGAGGCCCAGAUUCUGCUGGACUGUUUUAUUAACUUAAUGGAUGCUUUCACUAGCGAUAUCCAUCUUUCAGGACUUACGCCACAGAUGUUCAACGGGGCAGCGAUUCGAAAAGCCAUACAACUAGGGCAAGGAACUAGCCUCGACGUUGAACUUGGGUCUCUCCAUGGGUUCUUAGAAACCAUCUCUACAGAGCGCGCUAGUGCAAGCGCGCUGAAGGAUACGCAUGGAGCUGAGCUUUCAUAUGCCGAAAUGAUGAAUAAAUCAGCUCAAAUCGCCCAUGCGCUUUCUGCAUCAGGUAUCUCACUCAAGUCUAGGAUUGGUGUCCUCCAAGAGCCGACUGUGGACUGGAUAUGCUCUAUGCUCGGAAUUUGGCGAUUAGGGGGGAGCUAUGUCCCCUUGGAAAUUACACAUGGCGCUGAAAGGCUGAAAUCUAUAAUGCGCGACGCAAAUGUUGCCGCUAUUCUUAUUCACGAUGCGACCAGAACGCUUUGUGAAGAUGUAAGCGGUGCACAGAGUGCAAUUAUAAUCGACGUCGGCACAACCAGUCACAUUGGGGAGGCGGUAGUCAUUGACUCUUACACUUCUACGCCUUCAGAUGAAGCCAUUGUAUUAUAUACGAGCGGAUCUACUGGUGCGCCAAAGGGAAUUUCCCUUCCUCACCGAAUGGUCACUAACACCAUUAAAGGGUUUCUUCAAACCUUUCCUAUGAAGCCCCAGACCGUCCUCCAGCAGAUUGCCCUCAGCUUCGAUGUUUCUUGGUGGCAAUCGUUGCUUGGACUAGCCACUGGCGGGACUGUUGUUGUCGCUGGAAAAGAUGUUCGCAGAGAUCCAUUUGCAUUAACUGCUCUUAUCACCUCUCAUAAGAUAACCUUGACGCUUGCAGUCCCUUCGGAAGCCACAUCUUGGCUUGAACACGGUGACUUUUUGCAAUUGCGCCAAUCCUCAUGGGAAUGGCACAUUUCCGCUGGGGAGGAGAUUGGCAAUAACUUGAUCGAAAAGAUCAGGAAGCUGGAGAAGCUGGACCUGCGCUUUUUGAACGCUUACGGCCCCGCAGAGACAAUUAUCCCAAAUGCCCAUGAGAUUCUAUAUCGAGAUCACAGAUUGGACAUUUCAUCGUUCCCUAUAGGCAAAGCCAUGCCAAAUUAUAGCGUAUACAUCAUGGAUCAGGACAACCACCCUCUUCCCGCUGGUGUUCCGGGUCAAAUUGUCAUUGGGGGGGCUGGCGUUGCUUCUGGCUACAUAAACCAGCCAAACCUUACGGCAGCCAGAUUUCCAACGGAUGCACUCGCCAGCGCCCGAGCAGUUGCCAACAGGUGGACACAGGCGCAUCUUAGUGGCGAUCGCGGUUACAUGCGAGAAGAUGGCGUUUUUGUAGCCCUGGGCCGCAUUAACGGCGAUACGCAAGUCAAGUUACGAGGCCAGCGAUUCGAGCUUCGAGAAGUCGAGGUAGCUAUGGUAACAGCAGGAAAAGGCGAUAUUUCGGAAGCUGUCUGUCAUAUUCGGUCCAAUAACGAGGAGGACGCGGCAUCUGCAUUCCUCGUUGCGCAUGUGACACUUGCGCAAGAAGUUCAGAACAAGUACGGCACCAACGGGCCAGUAAUCGACAGCAUGCUCCGUAACGUUGUCUCUGGUCUCUCACUGCCACAGUACAUGCGUCCUUCUGUCGUGGUGGCUCUGCCGUCUAUGCCACUAAAUCACCAUGGAAAAGUAGAUCGAAAAUUCCUAUCUACAUCGCCGCUGAAGAAGACAGCUGAGCCUCCAAAUCUUUCGCCGCGUUUCGUCCAAGGUCGGAGUGCGCAUUUCCAACAUGAGAUGGAAGAGAUAUGGAGAGAUGCCUUGGGUGAUCUAAUUGAUAACCAGAAACUGGAAGAGGGCUCCGACUUUUUCUUGAUGGGCGGUAAUUCGCUACUGCUAAUCAAGGUUCAAAGUAAAAUCAAGGAACGAACGCGCCAUGAUAUCCCACUAGUGAAGCUGUUCGAGGCCAGCACUCUCGGCAAAAUGGCUGCUAUGCUGCACGACAAUCAGCAAGACGACAAUAAAGAACAGCUAUUGAAAAGUCCAAGCGAAGGGAGAAUGAAGCAAAUAUGGCUCUCUGUGCUCAGUGAUAUCGCGACUGAGGAUAUCAUUACGUCGGAUGCUGAUUUUUUCCUUGUCGGCGGCAAUUCGUUACUUCUUAUUCGCGUACAAAAUGAAGUACACAAUCAGUUCGGUGUUCUCCUUCCAUUAGCCUCACUUUUUGAAGCGAGUAAGCUAGGGCAAAUGGCAACAUUGCUAGACAAACUGGUCAUCGAAAAUAGCGCUCCUCGCGAAAGUGAACCAGAUAUUGAUUGGAAAGACGAGGUGGCCUGUCAUGAGCAGUUUCCAGCCGUCGCAUCAAUCGGUAGCAAUCAAAAGCUUACUGGCGGAUCCCCAAGUGGGACAGUAGUGGUGUUGACAGGAGCUACCGGUUUUCUUGGCAGACACAUCUUACAGGGCUUGGUUAGCGACAAUACGGUGAAAGCAGUGCACUGUAUCGCUAUUCGAGAUAUCUCAAAGCCUCUUGUUGGCUCUCCAAAAGUGACCAUCUAUCCCGGGGAUCUGAGAGAUCCUCAUCUUGGGCUUUCCGAUGAUGCUGCAAGACGUGUCUUCUCUCAAGCUUCAGCAAUAAUCCACAAUGGCGCCGACGUCUCAUUCCUUCGAAGUUAUUGGACUCUUCGUGCAGCCAACGUCCUGUCUACCAAAGCAAUCGUACGGCUAGCCAUGAAGCACGCAAUUGAUAAGUCACAACUGCAUUUCCAUUUCGUCUCGACAGCUGGUGUUGUUCAGCUUGGAACAGAUGAAUUGUAUGAAGAGGCAAUAUCCGUCCUUCCACCUCAGAAAAACGCAAACGGAUAUAUCGCAUCCAAGUGGGCAUCAGAAAAGUAUCUUGAAAAUGUUCAUGCUGCUUCUGGGUUAUCAGUUACGAUACACAGACCAUCCUACGUCCUCGGGCCCGAUGCGCCCCAGCUUGAUGUCAUGCACAAUAUUCUGAGCUUUGCAGAGAGACUAAGGAGUGUUCCUCAUAUGCCUUUGGUAGAUAGAUGGCUGCAGUUUGUUGGAAUUGAUGACGUGGCACAAGAUAUUGUGACUGACGUAUUGGAUAGACGUGAUAGCCAAGGAGUAAAUUUGCAAUAUCGCAACCACUGUGGUGUCGAGAGCAACUGGGUUCGGCUGGAUCAGCUUGCACUAUACUUGGAGAGGCAGCACGAAGUAGGGAAGGAUGAAUCCGCAUGA